AUGACCCAAUCUCCAAAGUUUACUUUUGCUUUAGCAAUAACCAAUACAAGUGUAAAAAUACAGGUAGGCAUCUCCUCUUGUCAAUUAGCCAAAGACCUUGGUAUUACUCAAAAAUCAGCCUACAAAUUAUUAGAUGAUUUACGGAACAGCCUUAAACAAUCUAACUUUAUUAAAGAAAUGUUAAAGGAUUUUGUUGAAAUAGAUGAGACCUAUGUGGGAGGUCGCAGUUGGAAAGACAAAACCCCUACAUUAGUAAUGAUAAAAAGAGGAGGAAACGCAAUUGCCGAGGUAGUUCCUGAUGUUAAGCAAAGAACCCUCGAACCGAUAAUCAGAAAGUAUAUUAAAAAAGGUUCUGAUGUUUAUACCGAUGAAUGGCUUGGCUUACAAUGA